CUGCUCUUCACACUAACUUAAAAGACCGAUCCCCGCCCAACAUGCCUCCCUUUCGCUUGCAAAAUACCGUCGACAGGCUAGACAAGCCUUCCUCGUACGCAAUGAGCAAAUACAAAAAACAAGCACGCCGCCGACACGACGACCCCAGAGACCAACAGCCCGACCGCCAACCCUCCCCGGACCUCGAAGAUAAGCUGGCCGACGCGACAACGCUCUACGUCGGCAACCUCUCCUUCUACACCACGGAAGAGCAAAUCCACGAGCUCUUCUCCAAAUGCGGCGAGAUCAAGCGGCUCGUCAUGGGGCUGGACCGCUUCAACAAGACCCCCUGCGGCUUCUGCUUCGUCGAGUACUACUCGCACUCUGACGCGCUGGACUGCUUGAAGUACAUUGGGGGCACGAAGUUGGAUGAGCGCAUUAUUCGGACGGAUUUGGACGAGGGGUUCGCGGAGGGGAGGCAGUAUGGUCGGGGCAAGAGUGGAGGGCAGGUGAGGGAUGAGUAUCGUGAGGAGUUUGAUCCUGGUCGUGGAGGGUUUGGGAAGAGGUAUCAAGAGGAAGUGGGGUAUGCGGGAGAAUAUGGGCAGGGGAAUUGACGCGUGGGAGUGGAUCGUGUGGUUUAGCGUGGAGUUGGGGAGUGCAAUGGUUAUCUUUGAUUCCCCGCGGGGGG